CCUACUCUAGUGUACCCAUCCUUCAUACAUCUCCUCCUUUCCUAACAGAGAAGAGAAAGAAAAAAAUGAAGGGAAGAGCUUUGUUCGUGAUAUUCAUUGUUCUGGUCUCUACAAUGCCCCCAAGCAUUGCCUGUGGCUAUUGCCCACCACCCAAGGGCGGCUCCGGUGGUGGCCACAAGUCUCCACCUAAGGGAAAACCACCACCCCAUGGUGGCCACAUGUCUCCACCCAAGGUAAAACCACCACCCCAUGGUGGAAGCCCUUCUCACCCAAUGCCACCAGUUGUUAAGCCUCCGCCCCAUGGUGGAAGCCCAUAUCAUCCAGUGCCUCCAGUUGUUAAGCCUCCUCCCUCUGGUGGAAGCCCAUCUCACCCAAUGCCCCCAGUUGUUAAGCCUCCGCCCUCUGGUGGAAGCCCAUCUCAUCCAAUGCCCCCAGUUGUGAAGCCACCUCCGGUCACACCUACUCUCCCUCCCCCAGUUGUGAAGCCACCCACGCCUCCUAGUGGCGGUUACCCUCCCUACACACCCACCCCUCCCUCUGGUGGCAGCCCCAUCAUCCCACCGGUCACCCCUGUCAUCCCACCGGUCACACCCAUCACUCCACCCGGUACACCCGGCACACCACCCGGCUCAUCCGGCCAGACUUGUCCUAAGGACGCUCUCAAGCUGGGUGCUUGUGUUGAUCUGCUUGGAGGGCUUGUGCACAUAGGUAUUGGAGACCCAGCUGCAAAUACUUGCUGCCCACUCUUGCAGGGGCUUGUGGAACUUGAGGCUGCAAUUUGCUUGUGCACAGCAAUCAGACUUAAGCUUCUCAAUCUCAAUAUCUUGCUUCCAAUUGCUCUCCAGCUUCUUGCCACAUGUGGACAGAGUCCCCCUGCAGGCUUCACUUGUCCAGCUAACUGAUCAGGUGAAGCACCUCAACGUUCAGCCAAGACAUGAAGGGAUGUCUAAUCUGAAUUUUUCGGCUUUAUUCAGUCAGUCAAAUAUGUAUGACUGGCAUAAUAACUAUUUGAUCUUUGAAUUUCCAUUAUAUUAGUGUGUACUGUACUGGGCAUACUUCUUUCCAGAAUUUCAAUUCACUGUGUGAAACUGAACACACAUUGUAGUGAAUUCUCCUGGCAAAAAGAUUAUUAUUAUUACGAGUGUUUCUCUCAGAUCAACUUCAAAUUCUGAAUAAAAAUGGCAAUGUAUUCAUCCAA